AUGGACUCCAAGCCACGUGGGACUCCGCGAAACCAGCAGCAGCGGGACACUCAGCCGAAGCAUCAGCAAACGCAAGACGUCCUGUACCUCCCACCCCCCGCGUUCCCCAUUCAGCCGCCGCAACAGCAGCAGCACCAACGAAUGCUGCUGCAGCAACAGCAGCAGCAGCAGCAGCAGCAGCAGCAGCAGCAGCAGCAGCAGCAGCAGCAGCAGCAGCAGCAGCAGCAGCAGCAGCAGCAGCAGCAGCAGCAGCAGCAGCAGCAGCAGCAGCAGCAGCAGCAGCAGCAGCAGCAGCAGCAGCAGCAGCAGCAGCAGCAGCAGCAGCAGCAGCAGCAGCAGCAGCAGCAGCAGCAGCAUUUCAAGUUCGAGCAGCUGGCAUCAGGCGAGGUUUCUCCAACGACCAUGUCGGACCGUCGCAGCUCGCACCUGUCUCCCAUCCCUCUCACUUUCGCGGGCGGUCAUGUGUACGCUGAAGGGUUCUACGCCAACUCUCCGCCAGUCGCUUUCUCAUCCAUGUUCGGUAGCGAGGGGGCGCUUGACAACUUAGAUGGUAACAAUGCUGCAACGGGUUCGUCGAGAUUCGCCAAGGAGUGCGAGGUUGGCGAGAGCGGGAACGAGGCUUCUGUAAUUAUCGCCGGGGAAACUUGUAACGGGGAAGAGAUGGAUCGUGACAAUAACGAGGGUCAGAUGGAGGUGGGGGGUCUGGAGAACAUUUGGACCGACGAAUCAGAUAAAAUCGAGAAUGUGGAGGGGAGGUUCGAGGGGAGGCUGGAAGGCAGAUCGGAAGGGAUAUCGGAAGAGAGGGGGAUGACGAGGGGGCGCCAAGCGAACGGCGGGAGGGAAAAAGACACGGGGGAUGCGUACGGGCCGACAGCAGCGGCCGGAACGGGCUGUGAUUGGCCGACGUGGCCUGAGUACACUCCGGACGAAGCCAUUGGAGCUGACUGGGCGGAGCUGCUGAAGGUGGACGACGAGGUGGGGGUGGCUCUGAGUGGUUCACGGGAGAGGAAGGAAGGGCUUUUUUACUUGGGGCCGCCAUACCCGCCCUUCCACAACCCCUACUCCUCCCCCGACCUCCCGUUCUCCCUGGUUGCGGUGCCAGGCAUGUACGCACAGAUCCACCCAGGGGGAAGGGACCCUCUGCCCCUGUCGCCGCUGCCCCUGUCGCUGGGGGGGAUGCCUUGCGCCCUCCCCGUGGCUGCGCCCGCAUCCUCUGCUUCCACUGCUGGGAACAGCGGUGGUGUGGGAGGGGGGGGCGGAGGGCGCGGGGGAGGGGGAGGGGAAGGGGGAGCGGGACGCGGAGGCGGAGGAGGAGACGGGACGGGAGCUUUGUCGCAAGGAGCAGCAGUGAAUGGUAACGCUGCCAUUGCUGGCACUGCUGCCAUAGGCGCUGCUGGUGCCAGUGCAGGGAUGCAGGGCCACGGUGGGGCCGCGGGUGGCACUGGUGGAAUGGAUGGGGUAAGCAUGUGCCGGAUCGACACUAUAGGGGGGAUGAAUCUGCUUGCCCCGGGGACGGACGCUGCUGCCGCCGCGGCGUCUGCUGCCGCGUCUGCUGCUGCCGCCACCGCUGCUGCAGCUGCUGCUUCGGGCGGAGGGGUGGUGGCGCCCGCGGGGUCACUGGGAGGGGUGGCGCCCGCGGGGUCACUGGGAGGGCGCGGAGGGGAAGGGGGAGCGACGAGCAGCGUGGGCGGGGGAGGGGCGUUCAGCAUGGGGGGAGGAGGCGGCGGGUUCAGCAGCGAUGGGGGGAGUUCCGGCAAGCACCGGCUGCGGUGGACGCCAGAGCUGCAUGAGAAAUUCGUGGAGGCUGUCGCAAACCUGGGAGGGGCUGACAAGGCGACACCCAAGGGUGUGCUGCGAGUGAUGGGCGUGCAAGGCCUCACCAUCUACCACGUCAAGAGCCACCUGCAGAAGUAUCGACUCGCCAAGUACCUUCCAGAUCCUUUGCCUUCCACACCCCGAGAACAGGAGCCAAGACCGGAGAGGGCAGAGAAAGCCCCCAAGCGGAUUGCCUCUGGAGUCUUUGCACCUGCGCCCGUCACACUAGCUCCGCCCCCCUUCCCUCCUGCUGCUGCUGCCGCCGCCGCCGCUACCGCGGCCGGCGCUGCAGCUACUACUGCUACUGCUGCCACUUCUGGUGCUGCUGCUGUGGCCGCCACUACCGCUGCGGCUGCGGCUGCCGCUGCGGCUGCUGGCUCUCUGGGCUUCCAGCAUGAUGCUACAGACGGCGAGCCUUCGUCGCUCGACCCUGCUGU